GGCCCGACCGCGACCAGCCACCGCCCCCCGCGCUUGCUUCAGAUCUCCUCCUCCACCUCCCUCCCUCCCGCCUUUCCUGAGAUAUAUAUAUAUAAAUCCUCUCGACCGACCUAUCCCCAUCACGCUCCUCCCCACCCACCCACCCGUACGCACACACGCGCUUCCCCCUCUUCGUCCCUCCCAUGGUCUGCUGAUCCACGAGCGCGCGGCUCUUCUUCUGGUGGAUCUGGUGCGCGUGGAUCGGGAUCUCGGCCGACCCGGGGAGAUCGAUGGAGGUCUUCGGCCCCGUCACGCCCGGCCAGGUCUCAUUUCUGCUUGGCCUUUUCCCAGUCCUCAUUGCAUGGACCUAUGCCGAGAUCCUGGAAUACCGGAAAUCUUUGUCACACGGGAAAGUUCACUCAGAUGCUACAUUGGAGAAUGAAACUACGAAGGAAGAUGAGAAGGCUAUAUUAAUUGAAGGAGGCCAGUUGAAAUCACCAUCUGUAAAGUUCCGGAAUAUGUCUACCAAAGCAAAUUUAAUACGGUUUAUAACAAUGGACGAGUCCUUUCUGCUUGAAAACCGUGCUGUACUGAGAGCCAUGGCCGAAUUUGGCGUUGUUCUGGUGUACUUUUACAUUUGUGACCGGACAAACAUAUUUCCAGAAAGCAAGAAGAACUACAACCGCGAUUUGUUCCUGUUUCUGUACAUUCUUCUCAUCAUAGCAUCGGCUCUUACUUCACUUAAGAAGCACCAGGAAAAAUCUGCAUUUUCUGGAAAGUCCAUACUCUAUCUUAAUCGCCACCAAACUGAGGAAUGGAAAGGGUGGAUGCAGGUUUUGUUUCUGAUGUACCACUAUUUCGCUGCCUUUGAAAUAUACAAUGCAAUUCGUGUGUUCAUUGCUUGCUAUGUUUGGAUGACUGGAUUUGGGAACUUCUCGUACUACUAUAUCAAGAAAGAUUUUAGCAUUGCCAGAUUUGCUCAGAUGAUGUGGAGGCUAAAUUUCUUUGUUGCCUUCUGUUGCAUUGUCCUUGACAAUGAUUUUAUGCUGUACUAUAUCUGCCCCAUGCAUACCCUAUUUACGCUUAUGGUGUACGGAUCACUUGGUCUGUUUAACAAGUAUAAUGAGGUGCCAUCAGUCAUGGCUAUUAAGAUUGCUUGCUGCUUCUUGAGUGUCAUUUUGAUAUGGGAGAUUCCUGGGGUCUUUGAAAUUUUGUGGGCCCCUUUUACGUUUCUGCUCGGCUAUAAAGAUCCAGAGCCUUCUAAGUCAAACUUGCCCUUAUUGCAUGAGUGGCAUUUUCGAUCUGGCCUUGAUCGAUACAUAUGGAUUAUCGGAAUGAUUUAUGCUUACUUCCACCCUAACGUGGAAAGAUGGAUGGAGAAACUGGAAGAAUCUGAGACCAAAGUUAGAUUGUCGAUCAAGGGUACCAUUGUGACCCUUUCGGUCAUGGCUGCUUAUCUAUGGUAUGAAUAUAUCUACAAGCUAGACAAAAUCACGUACAACAAGUACCACCCCUACACGUCAUGGAUUCCUAUCACCGCAUAUAUUUGCCUACGCAAUUGCACCCAACAGUUGAGGGGCGCAUCGUUAGCUCUUUUCGCUUGGCUUGGCAAGGUCACACUCGAGACUUAUAUUUCUCAGAUCCACAUUUGGCUCAGGUCUAGCAUACCAAACGGGCAGCCAAAAUGGCUUCUCUCUUUCAUACCAGAUUAUCCGAUGCUCAACUUCAUGCUUACUACAACAAUCUAUCUUUUUCUAUCAUACCGGGUAUUUGAGCUCACAAACGUGCUGAAGAAUGCCUUUGUUCCCAGUAGAGACAACAAUCGCCUGUAUCAGAAUUUUAUUGCUGGGAUUGCCAUCUCUGUAUGCCUGUAUUGCUGCUCGCUUAUUCUUCUGAAAAUUCCUGUUGUAUAGGUAAACAGUUCCAUUUUCGAUGGAUGUAGAAUUGCCAAGUAAAUGAUGUUGGUGGAAGGCUGCUUCUUCAGAAACAUUUGCCUGUAGGAUGCUGUUCAGUUUUGGCAUCAGUUCCGUUUAUACCUGGAGGUAAAAGGCACUCCCUGAAGAAGACGCCUAACUGCAUAAGCUGGGAACUGAAUGGCCUGUACAAUUUUUGAUCUUUUUUUUGUUCCCUUCCUCUCAAAAGAACUGUACACAGUUAGCCAACCCAUGCAUUCUCUGGAAGUUUGUAGCAGCAGCCCCCGGAAGGCUGACACACGACCAUGUAAGAGCUGGGAAUUUCUCUACGAGCAUUGCCAGUGUGAUGUAACCAUUCAUAGAGAUCCAUUCAUGCGAGGAAGGGAUUUCCUCUUGUAGAAAAGAAAAGAUAUGAAUGCAAACCCACGCUUUCUUCCAA